CAAAACAAUCUCGCGCAUCAAAGUUUUUAACAUUUUUCUGCCAGUUGUCUCAUCAGGUUUGUUUACAAAGCUUUUUCCUAUUAAAUUUAGAAGAUUUUUUUCUAAUGUUUGAGUCUUUACACAAACGCGAAAGUGGCGAUGAACUUUGAACAAAUCUGUCGUCUUUGUGCGGCGGAAAAGCUCAAGCUGAGAGACAUCUCCGGCGACGAACGCCAUGCCCAGCUACCCGAUCAGCUGAGAAACAUUCUGCAGGUCCAGUAUGAAGAGAAUGACGGGCUCCCGCAGAAGGUGUGCAAGCCCUGUGUGACCACAAUGCAAAAGAUUCAGGACACCCUGGACGAAUACCGCACCAACGACAUGCGCAUGCGAAAGCAGCUUCUGGGACUGGAAGAAGUCGAAAUCAAAUUGGAGGACUUGGACGAAAAUGAGGACAAUGUCCUCAGUUUGAAAGUCGAGGUUCUUGAACAGCACUUUGCGCUGCAGUCACCAGAGGGCAUCGAGCAAGCUGAGGAAUGGUUGGAGGAAGAUUUCGCUGACGAAGCUAGCAAAACUGUGGACGAGGAUGUUAGUGAAGUAGUAGCGCCAACAAUUGAGGCUAAGGAGGAUGCUGCGGAAGUGUCUGCUGAAGAUAAGAAGCCGCAAUCUGCGAAAAGAAAGCGAGCUAGAAAUUCCAACGAACCUAAGAAACAGCGUCGAAAACGAGGAAUUAAGACGCCAGAAAAUCCGAAUCGACCACGAUUGAACGACUUUAAAUGCUACAUCUGCAAAAGUGAUCCGCUAGGGUCGGCAAAAGAUUUGCUGGAUCACUUGGCAAUUCACAACGAUCAGUUACCGUACACAUGUCCCAUGUGCAUUCAAGAAACGGUCGAAAUCAAACAAUUACGCUCCCUGAAUCUCCACUUGAAGAUGCACGAACAGCCAAUUAAAUGUGCAUAUUGUGAUCGUCGUUAUACGAAUGAGCGUGCUCGAGAUUAUCAUGUACAAUCGUUCCACUUGGGAGACAAUGCUCCCUGUCCGUCCACGUGCGACAUGUGUGGCAAGGUAUGUUCUUCUGCCCUGUCGCUGAGGGCACACAAAAGGAGACACACCAUGUCGUUCAAUUGUGAGUACUGUUCCAAGGGAUUCGCCGAAAAGUCCAAACUCAAACGACACAUUUCACGAGUUCACGAAAAGACCGGCAGUUACGAGUGUACGAUUUGCCUGAAGCGCCUCACAACUAUCGACGCCUACGAGCACCAUGUCCGGACCAUCCACGAGGGCCGCAGGGACCACGAGUGUGAGAUUUGUGGGCGGACAUUUACGACGGCUGCCUUCCUGCGGAUGCACCAGAAGCACUAUGAGGGCGGAGUUUGCAAACCGAAGAACAACUGGACUCCGUACUACACCACUCGAAUCAACGAGGAAGGCACCAAACUGUACAGCUGCAAACUGUGCAAGAAGGAGGACAUGCGUGCGAUUAGCGAACACUUGCGGGUGCACUUCCCCGAGGAGUACGAGUGUCCGAUCUGUAUGAUUAAGUUUCCGCGUAAAUCGUCCUACGACCGGCAUCGACUGACGCAUAGCGAAAUUACUCACCACUGUUACAGUUGUAAGAAGAGCUUUCUCAGCCCCCGGAAGCUGUCCAGUCACCUGGCCAAAGCGCAUGGCAUGGGGCAGAUUUCGGAGACGACCGAAUUGCCGUUGGUGUCCGAUGAGGAGUUGGAAUUCGACGUUGUAGAUUGAGCGAGCGGUAAGCGUAAGUUUUUGGUUGAGGUUGUUAUUUCGUAGAUUCGUUGCGUUAAAUCUACGCCGAAUGAAGAAGCCUUCCACAUUGGACCUGGUCCUGGGCCAAUAGCUUCCAGUCGCCCUGAACGUUAAGCGACCUUAAAUCCUCUUCAACUGCAAAAAGACAUCUGGUGCGCGGCCUUCCACGAAGGCGACGGCCUCACUCCGGUUCUAUGCUGAAUAUUAGUUUAACUUGACGUUCCUCCGACAUGCGAGCUACAUGCCCAACCCACCGCAGCCUGCCGUGUUUUAUACGCUUAACCAUAUCCAUUUCUUUAUAGACUUUG